CAGUGCUGGAACCAGGCACCAAGGACCUAGGGACACCAUUGUGUACACAAGGACAUACAUGGAGAAUAGCAAAUCACCAAAGGAUGGAUAUCAGGAAAACAUUUCUGGAAGAUAUAUACAAACUGUUUAUUCAACUUCAGAUAGGUCUGUCAUUGAAAGGGACAUGUGUACUUAUUGCCGCAAACCCUUGGGUGUAGAAACUAAAAUGAUUUUAGAUGAAUUACAAAUUUGCUGCCAUUCCACUUGCUUUAAGUGUGAGAUAUGCAAACGCCCUUUGGAAAAUCUACAAGCAGGUGACAGUAUUUGGAUUUAUAAACAGACAAUACACUGUGAACCUUGCUACUCAAAAGUUAUAGCCAAAUGGAUUCAAUAAUGCUGGCACAUGGAAAUCAAGAUGAAAAAAAUUCAUUAAGGAAUGAAUGAUAAAUUACAAGAUGUAUUUUACAAAGAUGUGAUAUAGAGAAGCUUUAUACUGAAAAUCAACUUUGUAUACAAUUAGCAAUUCUGCUAUUAUAUAAAUAAUCUGAUUAUCUUCAGUAAGGUCAUAGACAUAGGAAGAACCAUCUGGUAUCUGUGUAGAUUUAGUGUUAAAAAUUUCACAUGAUUCUAGUUGUCAAUGUCAAAGGCAGGGAGUGUUGUCAGCUCAAAUCAAAUCCAUCCUGCCCUAUAAUUUGGUUAUGAUCAGGGUUUCCAUUAUAAUUCAAUAUCUUACUUGUUCACAGUUAAUUCCUAUAAGAAUUUGGAUCUGUAAGAGAAAUGCUGACAGAAAACUUCUCACAAAGUUUGGCAAAGAGAUGGAUGUCAACAUUAGGAGUCAUUUGGGCCUUAGAAAAAUUAAACUUUCCAGAUUCCUGUGAUAUUAUUUAUGACACAAAGAGAUUGUAGAAAAUGACUUCCAAGAUACCUUUAUGCUCCUUAAAUUAUCUGAUUCUAAAAGAAGUUUGAGUUUGCUCUUUAGAAAUAUAUUGUUAUAUGUAUCUGUUAAGCUUACGGAAAUAUUUAGAACAUAUAAAUAUAUAGAACAUAUAAACAGUUUCAACUUAGUGCCAACCUUCAUUUUAUUGCACACAUAGUUUUUAUAAACUUUUUUUAAGAAAGAAGGAGAUUUAUGGGUAAUAGGUGAAAUCAUUAUAUGUACAAUUUAUGUAUUAUAAUUUGUUAAAUUUUCUUUGCAUGCAUUUCAAAAUCCAGGUAAACAAAUCAUCUAUGUGAAGUAAUGGUUACGGAUGACAAAGACAUGUUACUUAGCACUUUAUAUGUACAAAACACUUA